UAAGCAAGCGAGCUGCGUCUCCGAGGGCCCUUGGGAAAGCCGCCUGCCCCCGGCCGGUAACGCGCGAGCGCCCUUGAGAUCCCGCUUCCUCUCGCCGCCGCCGUCCCCAACGCAGCCGAGCCCGCCAGCGCGGCGCCUGCCUGCCUGCCUGCCUGCCUGCCUGCCAGCGUCGGGGGGCAAGGCCGCCCCCUCCUUCCCUACAGCGCUUGCUGGCUGCCCGCCCCAGCCUUCCGCUCUCCAGGCUCAGUGCUGCGGUUUGGGGUUUUGUUUUUUGUUUUUGGGGGGGAAGCAAUUGCCACGCCCGGUCGGCCUUGUUGGGAGUGCCUGCCUGCCUGCGUCUUGCUUGAGUUCCGCCAUAAUAUAAAACUGAGCCAGCACUGACAGAGGAGGAAUUCAGAAGCCAGUGGCACUUCUUUGGGGUUAUGCCAAGCAGCGUAAGCCACCAUGUGUCUCGGGUAAGGGCUCUGUACCGGAUGAUUCUGCGGUUGCACCGUGCGUUGCCACUGGAGCUGAAGACCUUGGGAGAUCAGUAUGUGAAGGAUGAAUUCAGGAGACACAAAUCUGUCAGCUUUACAGAGGCCCAGCGCUUCUUGCAGGAAUGGGAGAACUAUGCAACGAUGCUUGGGGAGCAAACUAGUCAAAAUGAAGAGAGCUCACCAAACAAGCCCCACUUUGGAUCCCACCUCCCAGAGGAGAAGCUUGAAGCACUUCGAGGUGAGCAGCUUGGACAGCUACAGGAACUAAUGCAAGAAGCUACCAAACCCAAGAGACAGUUUAAUGUUUUGGAUGAUACAGAAUACAAAAGAUAGCAUAUUUCUUUGAAUAGACUUUUAAGUAAAAAUGUUGGUGCUUCCUUUGCUCUAAUUUUGAAGAAAUCCUCACUGUGGAAAAUAAAUCAAGUUGACAUGUAUCCUUUCUCUUUUAUUUCAACCUCCAGGGAUAUGCAUCAGAAUAUUUAGAAAUAGAUACUGUCCCACUUGUAUUAAUUAUGGCCUACGCUACCACUUAGCAU